AUGAAAGUUCCAGAUGUUAACAGGUGCUGUUUUUGCAUUCCUUUGCGUCCCGGAAUUAUAAUUUUUGCAUACUUAAAUGUUAUAUUUUUAGCUGCUGCCGUGACGUGUCUCGUUAUCAGCACCGAGCUGCAAAAGACUUCGAUAACACGUGACUCUGCAGUCGAGGUCCUGACCUCUACGAUAUUAUACAGUAUUCUUGGCAUGGGACUCAUACUUAAUAUUCUCCUUUUUGUCGCCGCUUAUCAGAAAGACAUAUCUAUGCUACGUCUUUACAAUUACUACGCUGUAGCGACAUCGCUGACUGCGCUGGUACCUACGUUCUUCCUGCUUUCCCGCCGGAUGUACGUCGACUCUACAAUGUCCUUCUUGGCGAUAGGUCUACAAAGUUACGUUGUAAUGCUGGUGCGAAGUGAGGUAGUGAAACUUGAGGAAAAAGAACUGAGACAGAAUACUGAAGAGCACGAGAACUUGCACGAGGCAAUUAAUGUACCUGACUGCGUCACUCUUUUAUAG